AUGAUACUACCACCGCUGCUUAUCAGCCAUCGGGUCAGUCCUGAAGUAGCGGCCGGGGUUCGACAUCCGGGUGAAAAAGACCCACCUCCGUUGCGGUGGCAGGCGCUGGCCGCGGCACUUGAUCCUAUAGACACUUUACCUGAAUUCGACAUGACCGAUAGUAAGAAUCAACCCUGGGGUAAAGGUGCGGAGCUUCCCAUAUACCCAACUACCCCCAUGGAGAUUCUACUAUUGACUAUACUUUGCACAAUUAGUAUCGUGGUGAUAGCUUACAUGAUGGUGGUAUUAUAUCGUUGUAUCUGCUCCCGACACUACGCCGAAUGGCGCGCUUCAUGGAACGAAGACGACGAAUACAGAAAAAUCAUCGCCAAGCAACCCGCUGUACAGUUAGUAAUGGAAGCUGUGCCGCUGGUGGUUGCCGGUCACAGUCAAGAAGUAGAAUGCUUGGUUACGGAUGGAGAGAAGAUUGUGAGUUCGUGCCUGCAGGGGAAUAUCAAAAUUUGGGAUUCGUUAAACGGAGAAAUUAUUACCUCGAUUGAUCGUAGUGCCUAUUUCAAUUUGGAAAUGGAAAUGUACGACAAAGCACACUCAAAGAACUCCCUGGAGGACUCAGAUAAAUAUGACACUUAUACAAUUGAAGAAAUGCGUGACAUAGAUGUGCUACAACGGCCAGAGCUCCGACUUCGCCGAGGUUUCUUAAACCAGCACCUUGGCCGUUUGCGAUUUCAAUCAAAUCAACGAAAUCCACCUUCGUGCCUUCCAGUUGCCGAGAAAACUAAAUAUUUAUUUGCUAAGUCAUAUAGAGAUCUUUACUGCUCCGACGAGCGGGACAUAUACGAGACGAAAGAAAGGGUGGACUUGAAUAAAAUUAGUGUAAAUAAAGAGAUAAGUGCAAUUAAUGACAAUGAUAAUAAUAGUUUAUUAAAUAGUGAAAUGGUAAGAAGUAACCACGAUAGAGUGAGGAAGGCGCGCAGUGUCGAUGUGAACGACGAGAAUUGGAGGGCGAAACCGGCCAGGGUUUCACCGGUGUGGUGUAUGGACUUUUGUAAUGAUCUUAUCAUAUUGGGCUGUGCUGACGGUAGACUGGAGUUUUGGGAGGCGACGUCUGGGAAAUUAAAGUGUGUAUGGUGGUGCAUGGAGAAGCGGCCGAGUGGUACUGGCGUGACCCAUGUGAAAGCCUUGGGGGGUGGAAGGCGGAUAUGCGUGGCUCUGUUAACCGGACACUUGACACUGUUCCGCCUAGACGCGUACAACAGUACUUCCGGUGCGCACGUCGACUGGAGAUUCAGUACGGCGCAUAGGAGAACUCACAAAAGAACGGGUUCCGCGGAUUCACUACGCUGCGCGCAAGCGAUAGAGGAGGAAAUGUCUCGUGGCCGGAUGAGCUUUUCGUAUGAAGCCGAAAACAGUGAUGGUGAAGAGGUAGUUUGUGUUCGGGUAGCGCAUUGUCGACCGCACCAGCAGCCGAUAACUGAAUUACACGCGGAGGGUGGUCGCAUUCUCACUGGAGGUCAAGACCAUGUUCUAAAGGUGUUCUCGAGUGAGCUAACACAGCUGUUUACUCUACAUGGUCACUGUGGACCGAUCACGAGUUGUUUCAUAGAUCACGCGACACCCACGAUUGCUGGGAGUGGUUCUCAAGAUGGCUUACUCUGCGUUUGGGAUUUACAUACGGGGGCAUGCCUGUACAGUAUGCAAGCGCAUGAUGGCGCAGUGACGUCACUUGCUUACACCGCGUCUUACGUGGUGUCAGCGGGCGCGGACGAACGACUCUGCAUAUGGGACCGGUUUCAGGGGCAUAUGCUGAACUCCAUUCAUAUAGGUCUGAACUACAUGAGCAGGAUGCUUCCUCUAACGCAUACUCUCUUAGUAAUGGGUGACAGAAGUGGACUUACCGCCUAUGAUCUGAGUAGUGGAGAUGUCAUACGAAGAGUACUUUUCGGUCAAAGCGACGGCUGUAUCUUCGUGCGUCAAAUAUUGCCAUUAAAAGAUGCAAUAGUGUGCGAUUACGCGAAUCAAUUGAGAAUAUUUUUGGCCGACUUGUUGGGCACGAUUUUGUUACUUAAUUCACAAUCAGACUUGGAAACAUCCACAAUGGCCGAACCUCAAGCUGAUAUUGCCCUUAUAGGCUUAGCCGUGAUGGGCCAAAAUCUUAUACUAAACAUGGACUCUAAAGGUUUUGUUGUAUGCGCAUUUAACAGAACUGUGGAGAAGGUUGAUCAAUUUCUAGCAAACGAGGCUAAAGGGACAAAGAUAAUUGGUGCAAAAUCUUUACCAGACAUGGUUGCGAAACUGAAAAGGCCAAGGAAGGUUAUGCUACUAGUAAAAGCUGGCUUCGCUGUAGAUGAAUUUGUCAAAAAGUUGUUACCUUUACUCGAGAAAGGUGAUAUUAUUAUUGACGGUGGGAAUUCUCAAUAUACUGAUACACAACGUUGGUGCAAAGAGUUAGAACCUACAGGCAUUUACUACAUCGGUAUGGGUGUCAGCGGUGGUGAAGACGGUGCUCGGUACGGACCGUCUUUAAUGCCUGGUGGUCAUAAUGCUGCGUGGCCACAUGUAAAACCCAUUUUCCAAGCGAUUAGUGCAAAAGUGAACAAUGAGCCAUGCUGUGAUUGGGUGGGGGAAAAUGGUGCUGGUCAUUUUGUAAAGAUGGUACACAACGGCAUAGAAUACGGUGACAUGCAGUUGAUAUGCGAAGCAUACAAUCUCAUGAAAGAUGUUUUGGGUAUUGAACAAGAUGAAAUGGCGAGAGUAUUUGAAGAAUGGAACAAGGGAGAGUUGGACUCUUUCUUAAUAGAGAUUACAAGAGAUAUUCUGAAAUUCAAGGACAAUGAUGGAAAGUACCUAUUACCGAAGAUCCGUGAUGCAGCAGGUCAAAAGGGCACUGGCAAAUGGACUGGUAUCAGUGCUUUGGAGUAUGGUGUACCAGUAACUCUAAUAGGCGAAGCUGUCUUUGCAAGAUGCCUGUCUGCACUAAAAGAUGAACGUGUCAAGGCGAGUAAAGUUUUGCCCGGCGCGACAGCAAAAUUCUCUGGUGACAAGAAAGAAUUCCUUGAACAUUUGCGUAAGGCACUGUACGCGAGCAAAAUCAUCUCCUAUGCCCAAGGAUUCAUGUUGCUUAGAGAGGCUGCUAAAGCGAACAAAUGGAAUCUCAACUACGGUAGCAUUGCGUUGAUGUGGCGUGGUGGAUGCAUCAUCAGAAGUGUCUUCCUCGGUAACAUCAAGGACGCGUUUACUAAGAACCCGAACUUGACGAAUCUGCUGCUGGACCCGUUCUUCACGGAGAGCAUCAGCAAGUCCCAGAACUCGUUGCGGCAAGUGGUGGCUCAGGCGGCACUAACUGGAGUGCCAACGCCGGCCUUUUCAUCCGCGCUCGCCUUCUACGAUGGAUACCGCGCUGAUGUGUUGCCGGCUAAUAUGUUGCAGGCUCAGAGGGAUUACUUUGGCGCUCACACUUAUGAACUGGUGAACAAACCCGGCGAAUUCGUUCAUACGAACUGGACGGGUCACGGGGGCAACGUAUCCGCUUCCACGUACAACAAUUAG